CCGGGUUGUAUAUAGUAUGUGUGUAUGUGAGAUUGGACGAAGCCAAAGUGACUGAAUGUCCUCGGAUUAAUUCCUUCUCGCGUGUUGACCGCCUACAUGAACCGCGGCGGCUUCGCGUCGAGCCUGUAGUCAACCUGGGCUUGGCCCAUCUUCGUUGAGCAUGCGGUUGCCCCCUCGGGCGCCGGCCGCCGGGCCCCUGGAUCCCUCGGUGGAUCGCCACGGGUUCUUCCAGACGUCGGUCUUGGCUUUGGCUCGCGCUUUGGCCCAAAUCCCGCACGUGGCUUGGGCGCGGGUCCAAGAUCCGCUCUUCGCCCAAUGUCCCAGCCUGCCCGAGUCCGCCCACUCCGCCCACCCCGCCCAAGCUCUGGUUUUGAGCGAACAGCACCAGAUUAGCGUGAUCGCGUUGGGCGUGUUUCUCUUGGAAUCGCGGGGUCAAUGCCGCGAUCGGAUCGUGCCCUACUUCUUGGCCUUGGAACGGGCUUUGCCCACCGCCACCAUCAACGCCAAAAAAGCCACCCAUGAGAAAAUCCCGGCCAGUGAGAGCUUCUGUUUUGCUUUUAACACGAUGUUGAGCGACGUGGCCGUGCUUUGCCCGCUGUAUCAGGCCGACAUCUUCCAAGCCCAGACCGAGUUGUUCCUGGAGUUGUGCGGGCAGUUGGCCGAAGCCCGAUCAGCCUCCGACAAACCCUUGGCCCACAACACUCGGCUGCAAUUGUGUCAAUCCACGGUCCCGCUACUAUUUGGCUUGUGUCGCGCCGUCGGUCGAUUCAGUUAUGGUCACGACUUCCUCACGACCCAAUUGUACCCUCCGAAGAAGCAACCCACGCUUCCCCGAUGUGGUGGUCUGCCUCAGCACCGUUGGAAGACCUUCUCGAAUUUCCGCUCGAUCAUCCCGCGAUCCUUGUCCAACACGUUCCAGAUAAGCUCCCACAACCCGUUUGAUCAAGGAGCUGACAAUGUGGUGGACUUGAGCUUCCGACCGUCGUUGCGCACGGACUUGAUGGUUCAUCAGAGCCAGAUGCAGAGUGCGGAUCGCAAGAAAGUCGCCUUCCAAAGCCAACAGUCCGUGGUGCCGUACGAUCCAACCACGUAUUUCUUCCAUAAACCCGGAUCUUCCUUCAACCAACUGCAGGCACCACUCACGCACACGGUUCAAGAGUAUUGGACUGAGUCGAACAAGGUGACCUUUUCUGUGGAGCAAGUGCAGGACAUUUUCCGUGAAGUGUGCCGAACGUUGACCAAAGAGACACUGGACUUCCUGAAUGUCAUUUCGUUGGACGUGUACAUGGCGGGGACUUUGAAGACGUUUCCGUACAAGACUUUUAGUGAGACAACGAACCUGGUCCUCGUGUCCAUGCUCAGAGAACUGAUUCAGAGUAGCAAAGAUUUACCCCAGGCCUUUGUCAAAGAGAUUCAAGCCUUCACCAAGGCCCUGUUUCUCUCGGGUCAGAAUGAGCUCCAAUCCCGGGAUCAUGAAGCCUCGGAACGAGAAGACGAGCAGCAAGAAACCCGAGCCAUUCCUCACGUGAACCGAUUCAAGUUGAACGUACAAGUGAAUGCGGUCUGUGUGGACAUCCUCAUCUGGGCUACUCGUGAUGAACUGGCUCAUGGUUGUUAUGUGAUGUUAGAGUCAGAGCUCAGAGACACGGCCUUCAUUUAUUCGUUCAUGGUGUCCUACCUACUGAUUGAGAGGCCCACAGUGCCUGGCUCGGGAGCUGAUAAUCUGGUCACGAAACUGACGGACAAAAUCAACACCUCGAGUAAUCACAAAUUGAUCCUGGCUCAUCUUCCGUUGAUCAUGGUCUGCAUCGAGGGUUUGGGGAAACUGGCCGAGAAGUUCCCGAUGUUGGCUAAACAGAGUAGUGAUUGCUUGCGCGAGUUCUUGGCCAAUCCAUCCAAGCUACUCAUCCGACUGAGUCGUCAUUAUCACCAUCCGAGUUCAAGGAAUAAUCCCGGAGGCUCAAAAGCGGCCCCUGGGAAGAAAGUCCCAAGUCUGGUAGUGACCCAAUCGGAGAGUGCGCAAUCUAUGCAAAUGCCCAAAUCUCGUGCGGAUGCCACGCGAAUCGCGUUCGAGAAGUUGCGGGAUUGCGCCAUUGAGAACCUGUGCAAGGGCCUCAUCUCUCAAAUGGACAUCGACCCCAAUUGCAUUCCGGCUCUAGUGAGUGCCAUAACCACACGGUUGUUCCAACCCGAUCAUGUGUGUGAUAAAGAGUGGUUCAUCAGCAGUAAGAACUCGAUCCUAGCUUUGGGUCAUAUCGCCGUGACCUUACGCGACUCGGAAGAAAACACCAAAUCCGUGCUCAAAUUCCUGUUGCAAUGGUUUGAUUCAAACUCCGGCUCCGAUCAUCAUUAUGACUCCUUGCUCAUCGAUCAAAUGGGCUGUAUCGUGAUCUCGCGCACCAAGAUGGACGACAUCUAUCGUGAGAUCAUGCUCAAGUUCAAGGAGAUUAUUCGAGAUGCGUCCCAAAUGAUCAGCGGGGUGAGACAAGCGAACGAGCGCAAGAACAAAUACCAAUUGUGCUCGGGAGCGGUGAUCAACGCCCUAGCCAAUAUCGCGGCCAACAUCCACCCGGAUGUGGAGCUCAUGACGGAUUUCCUCCAGAAACUCAUGGAGAUGUACGUGAACAUCGGCCUGGAAGUGAAGAAGAAGCUCACGGCCGACCAGGAGUCGGCCAAUCGCACCAAGAGCAAGGGCAAUCUGGGCGUUCUCAUUCCCGUCAUCGCGGUCCUAUUGCGGAAGAUGCCGGCGGAUGACUUGCAAAAUCCAAAUUAUCGCACCAAGAAGCUCUUCAGCGACUUCUGGCUGUACGCCGUGGUUUUUGGCUUCACCAAGGAAGAAGACGGUGUCUGGCCCCAAGAUUGGUAUGAUGGGGUGAAGGAGAUUGCGUUGAAGGCGCCCAAGCUCACUUUUGCGAGUGGAGAGCGGUCGGAAAUCCGUCAAUUGACCCACACUCAGGCCAUCUCCAAGGAUGUGGUCAAGACCUCUGAGCUUCAAGAGCUGAAAACCCAUUUGAUUGCCGUUCUUGGUCACGACAGCACAGUCCAGCGUCUCAUUCAAGGAUACACAUUUCCGAUUGUAAUCUACUUGAUGUCGGUGUACAAUCUGGAGAAGCUUCGGAUUUCCAUGUGUGCAGACAUCGAGACCAUUAACAAGCUGUUUGAUUACCUCGAGGAUCGAGCCAUUCAAGUGGAUAAAACCAUGAUUUACGAUUGCAUCCUCGUCAUAGUGAAUUCCUUGUUCCGCGAGCACUUUUUACCCGUGAUAGCGGAGAAGCCCAAGAAUAAGGAAAGAGAUCGCAACCUAGAAGCCAUCGCUGUCAUUCUCCUGAUUGAGUUCAACAAUCCCAAUAAGAACAUCCGGAAAUUUGCCGAUCAGUUUCUCUCCAAACUGGUGGACAAGUUUCCGUAUCUACUCUGGAGCAAGUCUGUAUUGUAUGGAAUGUUGAAUGCCUUGCACCAGUUGUCACUCACGGUCUCACAUGAGGACAUUCAAGAGGUCAAGAUUGGCAAGAUGGAACGCAAAGUGUUCCUCUUGGACACGGCCAACGAGCGCGGAGAGAUCUUGCGAGAAUUUCGCCAAAGAAGUCGACAGUUCAUCAAGACCUCCGUGGAAUGGGCUCCGGAUACAGUCCUGUCCCAUCUUCAGGAGUACAUCAACGAAAUCACCAAAGAAUCCUAUUCCAACCACGCUGGCGUGUCCUUGGCCACUGAGUGCAUGCAGAACUUCUCCAACGACAACCAGGACGGACUCGGACUCGUCAACUUGGGCAGCGUUAUUAGACCCAUUUCGGCCAAGAGCGACUCAUCCCGAUUCAUGAUCAGUAUGAGCAAUCGUCAGUCGCACAUGAGUACUGUGUCGGCCAUGCUGAGUUUAUGCGAUGAUUCGACCCGACGUCAACAGGUUCUCAUGAGUUUUUGUCAGGAUUUAGAUCGGGCGAGUGAGAAGAUCCGACUCAUGCCCGAGGAGGACGACGAGGCCGCCUUGAUGACCAAGCGCAUCCUCACCCCCAGAAAACGAGUGGAAACGCCCAAGAUAUUGACAUUUAAAAAGUUUCACGACACUCUGUGGAAGAUCACCUCAUCAUUGAUCCUCCUGAAACCGGCCAUUGACGAGAAGCUCAUGUUCUCGUUGACUCGUGCCCCAUUGAAGCUGUUCCACGCGGCUACCAUGAAAGUGGUGGUGGAAUGUUGGAAUUGGCUCCUGUCGGCUCGACCCGAUAUCGAGAUGAAGUUCAUUCAAGAGAUGAUCUUUGCGUGGCACUCGUCUCAAACGGCUCGAUUCGGUCUGUUCCAAGCGGAUGUUUUGAGAUAUUCCCCUUUGGCUCCGGACGAGGACAUGAAGACCAAUCUGCAGCCUAGCAAUCCGGAUAUUGAGCCUCACGACAUUUGGAUCCGUUUCAUCCAGGAGCGGAUCGAAGUGGCCAAGUAUUGCAGCCAGGAGCAAAUCAUCAUGUUCACUCACAUGCUUCAAAGGACCUUGGACAUUUCAGUUGGGAAAGAGAAAAUGGUCAUGAGCCGUCAUAUUGCGGCAGCAGGGACCCGUUUCAGGCUGUUGAGUUGCGGCAUGAGUCUCUUGCAAGGCGAUGUUCUCCCCCGAUCCAUCGCCAAAAACGUGCUCCGCCAACGCAUUUAUAGCGCGAGUUUGGACUACUUUUGCUCGGAAAAGACCUUCCCCACGCAAUCGGACAUGUCAUUGUCCGAGGAUAUUCAAACCCUACUCCGAUUUUGGGCCACCAUGCACCAAGACCGCAAGCAUAUCCGUCAGAACGCCAUUGGCGACUUUGACCUAACAACUGUGGACGGGCCUAUGGAAGCCUUGAUUGCCGCUGAUGUCCGAAGCUUGACCAGUGAAUAUCAGAAAACGCCAAGUGUAGCGGGAGGGUGGAUCACGGCUUCCAGUGGCAACAAUACCCUGAACAAACGAUCUGCGUCCAGACAGAACCGACCGGCUAUCAAUGAUACUCUCGUCAAGGACUACACCAAGAAAAGAUGGCUGAUCUUGGCCUUGCUUUCCGUGGAAAUCGAAAGGCUGACUGUCCACGAGAAUCCUUUGGAGACGCGCGUGACGUUAGUCCAAUUGCUCGGAAAUAGAGACAACGGCACCCAGGGCAACAUCGGGAAACAGUUCGAGGACGCCAUGAAGUUUUUGGACGAGAUUCGACUUCGAUUACCCCCCAAAUCAAUGAAAGAGUACGCCCGGAAUGCUUGGGAUGUUUCGCCCGCCUUGGCCGUGUUCUUGCCGCAGCGCUUGAAUUUCUCAGAUAUCAUAGAGAAGGAAGUCACCAAAAUGGUUCGAUCCAACCCCGAGGAGUGCUCGUUCAUUCCCAAAGCCUUGGAUUACUUCCUGACCAAGGAGGCUUUGGAAAAUGAUGCCCCCGAAUUGCCGCACGUUUUGACUUGGGCCACGGCGUCUCCAGUACGAGCUUUGUCUUUGCUUUGUCCGCGCACACUUCCUACGCACCCGUUGACGGCUCAAUACGCGGUGCGCGUUUUACACUCGUAUCCUGCGGAAGCCGUGCUGUUUUACAUCCCUCAAUUAGUCCAAGCGACUCGUUAUGACGAUUUGGGAUUCGUCAAGGAGUUCAUCAAAAAGAUCAGCAAGGAAUCCAAUCUUGUGGCGCACCAACUUAUUUGGAACAUCCAAACAAACAUGUACAAAGAUGAAGAUGGCGAGUUGAAAGACCCCGUGAUGUACGACAAACUGCUCCCCCUCAGAGACGCGAUUGUGGAUGGUUUGAGUGGGACGGCACAGCGCUUUUACCGUCGAGAAUUCGAGUUCUUCCGCAAGAUCACCGCUGUCUCGGGCAAGAUCAAGGACUUUGAGAAAGGCCAUCCUCGCAAGGCUGCAUGUAUUAAGGCCCUCCAAGAGAUCUCGGUCAGUCAUGGGUGUUACCUGCCUUCUAAUCCGGAUUCUCUAGUUUUGGACAUUGACAAAAGUAGUGGACAACCCAUGCAAAGUGCGGCCAAAGCUCCAUAUCUGGCCAGGUUCAAGGUCCGAAGAUUGGGGAUUAACCGAUUGGAGAAGGUUGGCUUGGUCUUCAGUCAGACGGAAGUCAAAGAGACAAGUGGAGAGGAAGAUCAACAACAAAAGGGAUCUUCCAUCGAGGACUUGGAGCUCAUGCGUGAAAUCGAUUCUACCGAGGAUUCGUCUUGGCAAGCGGCUAUUUUUAAAGUCGGCGACGAUUGUCGCCAAGACAUGCUGGCGCUUCAAAUCAUCGAACUCUGCAAAUACAUCUUCAAACAAGCCGGGCUUGACCUCUACCUUUUCCCAUAUAAGGUCGUGGCCACUAGCCCCGGGUGUGGAGUGAUCGAAUGCGUUCCUGAUGCCAAAUCCCGGGACCAGAUCGGUCGGAAAGCCAACACCGACUUGUUCGACUAUUUCAAGAAAGAGUUUGGCGAGGAAUCAAGUCAAGGCUUCAAACGGGCCCGAAAGAACUUUACUACGUCCAUGGCGGCCUAUUCAGUUAUCGUGUUCCUGCUUCAAAUCAAGGAUCGUCACAACGGAAACAUUAUGAUUGAUAAAGAAGGCCAUCUGAUCCAUAUCGAUUUUGGCUUCAUGUUUGAAAGUUCCCCAGGGGGAAAUCUGGCCUUCGAGCCCGAUAUGAAGCUCACGCAAGAGUUCGUGGACAUCAUGGGGGGCAGAAUCGAGGCUCCCCAGUUCAAGGCCUUCAUGGAAUCUUGCGUUCAGGCCUACUUGGCGAUCCGGCCCUAUUCAAGAGAAAUCAUCUAUUUGGUGCAACUCAUGCUCGACACGGAAUUGCCCUGCUUUAGAGGCCAAACCAUAGAACAACUGAAGGGGCGACUUCAACCCACCAUGUCAGAUUUAGACGCUUCGGCUUACAUGGUCCAGGUCGUCAAGCAGUCCUUCUUGAACAUUCGAACCCGGGCAUACGACAUGUUGCAAUAUCACCAGAAUCAGAUCCCGUAUUAGUUUACAGUAGCCACUAGCACUACUCUCAUGGGUGCCAAUGUUUUACCUCGAUUUCAUCAGAUAUCUAGUCUCAUUCCACAACUCCCUUGCAUGUAAAAAUGUUAUCUCUCACACAUCCCACAUCCCUGACGUUAAAUUAUAAUCCUCCAAAGUUAAUAAUAAAUGGGAGAUAUAUUCUCUAUUAUGCUGA